CACAUCGUUCGAUACAAUUCGUACCAUCACUUUGCAUCUCUCUAAAAAUUCUGAGAAGAUUAUGCAAAAACUAAUGUAAAAAGAUGUUACGUAUAUGUAUAUUAUAAAUAGAGCAAAAAUUUCGAGAGUGAACGUAUUUUUUCAAAUUGUCGAUAAUAUUCCAAGGAUCGUUCCAGAAUAGGUAGUUGCUUCGCGAAAAGAUCGCGGUUGUUUGCGACUACUUCAGCGAGUGUUAUCGGAAUAGAGGGAUUCGCGGAUAAUGUCUGUUUUUUUAAGAGCUGAUUUUACCGAUUCAUAUUCUAUUUGCUGCAGUAAUCAUGCGUACUACAGCAAUAUUGGACGGUAUCACGCGCACUUUAUAGUCUUUAUAGUUAGACCGGUAAUUGUCGUAUGCAAGGCCGCUCUCUGACCCACAUACAUCGCGCGGCAGCUGAUUGACAAAACCACCGAAUGCUUCUCGAUAUCCGUCGACGAAAAUCGAUUUGAUUUAACUUUUCAAGUUAACAAGGAGAAACUAAAAUGAUUAAUUGUAUAUAAAUGAAGGAAAUUAUUUCGAUAAGAGAAAUCAGUUGCAACAUCUUUUAUAUUUAUAUCGUAUAUAUUUUUUUCUUCCAUGAUACAUAUAAUCUUUCCGUAAUUCGAUCGAUCCAUCUUUGCCGCGAUCUCAUUUUCCGAUUCGCGAAAAUAUUGGGAAAAUGAUCGAAAACGUUUCUUCCGUAUCUGUCCGCUCGCGUUAUCUAUCUAUCCAUCACCUAUGUGCGAUGCAAACGUUCUCGAAAUGCGUUUCGCGACGGACAUUGCGGCCGGUCGUGUUAUCACUUUGCCUGGUCGUGUAUAUGUACAUAUACAUGCAGCAACACAACAAUUACAGCAGUAGCAGCAACAGGAUAGUCGAGGAAGUGGCGGUAUCUCGCCACAUCCUACCCCGUCCUGUGUUCUCGUUUUGCCAACGGAAGGAGCACAAACUGCCUCUCAGUUCAGUGAAAGCGACAGCGAGCGAGCCAACUCUUCCGCGGUCGCGAAUCAGCAUUUAAUUAUACGUCGCGCGCGCGCAACACACGUACUAGCUGUACGUUUACCUUACACCGCCGUUUCCGAUCGCUUACGUAUAUUACGUACAGUCCCUGAUAAUCGGCGACAUCGGUGCAAUAAAAACAUGAUCACUUAAUUAAAGCGAGAGAAGAAGAGGAGCUCUUUGCGAGAUCAUGUGGGACUCACGCGAAAAUUCAUUCUCCAAAACCGGCAGUUUUUGUAAAACGAGAUGGUCCUACGAGGCUUACUCGUCCGAGGAUCGAGCACAGAGUCAAGGCACAUUCGCCAGGAUGCGCCCUUCCGUAAUAGAAGAUCCCGCGUCGCAGCAGCGUGUGAACGUGCAACAGCAUUCGAGCUAUCGCCAGCAACGAUCUUCUUGGCAACUGCAGGAUAGUCGUUCGUGUGAAGUGAGCAUAUCAUCCGCCCGCGCGUCGGUGAUGGUGUAUGACGACGUGAACAAGAAAUGGAUACCGAGUGGCAGCUCGUCCGGCCUGUCCAAGGUCCAGCUCUAUCACCAUCAGGUGAACAAUACGUUCCGCGUGGUCGGCCGGAAGCUGCAGGACCACGAGAUUGUCAUCAAUUGCGCGAUCCUCAAGGGACUCAAGUACAAUCAGGCCACGGUCACGUUUCACCAAUGGCGAGAUAACAAGCAAGUCUACGGGCUCAACUUCUCCAGUAAGGACGAUGCCGAUGCCUUCGCUCGGGCGAUGCUCCAGGCACUCGAUGUGCUGAGUAAUGGUAGCAACAUAUCAAGGAGUCUCGCUCCGACAACCACCACGACUACACAACAGCAAACCGCCUAUCAGCAGCAGCAGCAGCAGCAGCAGCAGCAGCAACAGCAACAGCAGAGUCAGGCAACUGUUCAAUAUGAGGAGGACAUGGGAUACAGUCAAGGUCGUAACACGCGGAUUUCCUUGUCCCUGAGCCAUCUGCCUACAGGAGGUCAGACGGCCCUGCCCGUGGGCUCCGCCACCACAACCCCCGAGCACGUGACCGUUAGUGGUGCUGUUGGCACCGUUAUUCAAAUGGGCUGUGCGCGUGGCUCACCGGGCGAUGGACACACGAGAACCAUGACCAGAGAAGACGUGGCAAUAAUUCAGGAACGCAGAAUGUCUCAGCAAAGCCAAGCAACUGCAAGUCCCAAUCCCGUAUCACCGAGCUGUCCGUCUACUGCACAGCAACAGCAACAACAGCAGCAGCAGCAGCAGCAGCAGCAGCAACAAUCCGGUCAUCAUCGAACUUCAUCGGCGCCACCGGCGCCACAACCGCCUCAACAGCCACAACCAGGUGUCGGUGGUAUGGUGGUUCCAGCCGCUCCGCAAAUGUCGACUGGACCGGGAGUCGGUCCCCCGGUACCACCGCCCCAACCGCCGAUUGCACCCCCCGCCCCACCUUGCCCACCGACAAUGAUGAACUUUAGCUCGUCCGCGGCGCCGGCGCCACCGAUGAUGAUGAAUCAGUAUGCACAAUCGCCCUCAUCCCAAUCAAAUCUUGCGAAUCAACAGCCUCAAUGCCAGCCUAUUUACGUUACUAAUCAGGCGAACCAGUAUGGUGCUGCGCCUGCAAGCAAUCAGUACGCGAGUGCCACUGUUCCUAGCAGUGGUAGCGGCACCGGAAGCGGUGCGGCCUCCGUCGUAGGCCAGAGCCCGAAUCAAUUUCCGCCAUCCGGUAGUCAGAACAAUUUUUACGGUACUAACAGUCAAACGAGUAACUACACUACUGGCGGACAAGUUAAUACAGGCCAGUAUAGCCAGUCGGUUGGCAGUCAGGCUGCGCAAUACGGCAGCGGCGGUAAUCAGUAUGGAAGUAAUAGCUCGAUAAAUCAAUAUGCUGCCGGUCCGCCUGUACCUGGUCCAGUGAACCAAUACGCGAUUACGCAAUCUGGUCAAUCGCAAUACGGCACUAAUAUCGUGUCUCAGGCGCAAACACAAUAUAACAGUUCCGGUCAGGUGCAAGCAGCUGCCGCAGCGGGUACUACGAAUCCGUAUGGGACACCGUCAAAUUCGGUGAAUCAAUACGCUACCGGCGGACAUCAUACGGUCAGCACUAAUGCUUAUGCUCCUGGAAGUGGUCCGCCGCCGCCUCCGAUGGUAUCGUUGGCCGGGCCUGCCGCACCACCUCCGCCGCCACCACCGCCUGUACCUAACGCUAACAGUUCCACCGCUGCCAGUUCCGGCUCGUCUGCCAGUUCCUCGAAUGAUCCUCCGCCUGACACCAACUCAUUAGCCGCUGCCCUUCAAGCACGUCUUAAAAAGAAACAGCAACAGUCACAACCAGUGGAGAACAGCGGCUCGAGCACCAGUAGUAGUGGCAGUGGAAGCGGCGGAGGAGGCGGCAAUUAUGGCACCUUAGGGAGAGGUGGAGGUGGUGGAAUGGCUUCCAUGAUGGACGAGAUGGCUAAAACUCUAGCACGCCGACGGGCUGCUGCCGAAAAGAAACAACCCGAACAACCACCGGAACCGGAAAGUUCGCCAGACAAGAAAUCUUGGGAUAAAAGCAAUGCGUCGAAUAAUAAGUUUUCUAAUGGCGCCGAGUCGCCGAAAUCGGUACGCAAGAGGUUUGGUUCUGCUUCGGAGGAUACUCUUCUCAAAGUAAACGGCGUUAAUGAUGGAACUUCGCUCACCGCGCAAGAGAUGGAGGCCUUUAAGGUGGAGAUAAUUAAAGAAGUACGAAAAGAAUUCCAGAAGAUGAAGCAAGAAAUAAUCGAUGACUUUUAUAUUUCCAGCCGUACGGACAGAACUGAAUAAGAGAUAAAGAAGAUAAUAAAGAAGAGAUAAAAAAUACAACCAAACUCUCGAAACCGAAAGGAAUAAGACGAAACAGAAUAGAAGUAUACAGGAGAGUUAUAUGACUAUAGAUUGCUUGAUAUCAAAGCGAUAUCAUUGACAACUACAUACAGGUUUUUACAACAUAUUUACGAGAAUGUAAUGUGAUUACAUUCAUGUAUAUCGAACAUUUAUGUGUAAGUAAAUUAAUCUUAGUGUUUUAAGUGGCCGUAAUCUUUUCGUUAUUUGCUACAUAACAAUCGUAACAAAAUGUUGAAUCAAUUGAGUUUCUAUUUAAUUCAAUUAUAUAAGAAAAUUUAUUUGUUUAUGCGCAUAAAAAUUUACGAGAAACUUUUACAAAUUUUGAGCGAGAGAAAUACUUCAAUGAGAAUAUAAAAUAAGUACAUGCACAAUGAAAUACUAUUAUAUCGCUUUGUAGUUUAAAGAGAUAUCGAUAAAGACCAAAAAAUGGUGUGCUAUUUAUAAUAUUAUUGAUAUCAAUUUCUAUACAUAAAUAUCUAUUAUAAUGUUCUCAUUUUUCUCUUCUCUUCUCUUCUCUCUCUCUCUCCCCUCUUUUUUUCACUUCCAUCAUUUCUCUCCAUUCUUGUUCUUGACAAAUUUAUGGUCAAGACUUAUCAAAUGAGAAAUUUUACAAUUAAGGUUGAUAUUAAUCGACCUAAUGAAAUUUUUUACUAUGAGUUUCAGCGUGAGAAUUAUUUAAUUCUUAAGAAGAAACUCAAUUAUUUCAACGUUUAAGUUACGCGUCGUAUAGUUUUAUUGCAUACGGUUAGACAGAAUUUCGCUUAGAUGUUAAAGUAUUCUUUUACAUAAGACCGAUCUCAUUGUAAAACAUUCUAUAUAGAAUUCUUUCAUCAAUGACGUGGCAUGAUGUUUUCUUCGCAUUUUUGGUUUUAUCUUUAUCAACACGAUGUCAUACGCCAUCUUAAUUUAUGCAAAGCACGUUGUAUUAUCGAUUUUUAUUGUGACGCGAAUCAAUCUUCGAAAUUAUAACAAGAAAAUACAUUCCAAGAAACACAUGUCGUUCCCCGAUGCGAUGAUAUAAUCUCUUACAAUUAGACAUGUUGAACGUUGUAAAUAGCAAUAACGAUGUUAGACAGAUGCCACGAUCGUUGAUUGUGAAAUUCUCGAGAACAUUGCGCUUAAACGAUAUAUAGUUAAUAAUAAAUUUCCGUGUUAAUCCAUUUUUGGAUAUCGAAUAUCUAAAUUGCGGUUCAUGUUUUUCGCAUAUUUAAUACGACAAGUUUUCCAAGAAAGCUACUGUCGUAUAUUAAAGAUACCGUUGCACACAUUAAAGAUACUUUCCGAUUGGUUAGCAAUUUUCUUGAAACCCGGCAUUUAUAAUUAUAGUUUCAUGGCUUUUCUUAUGAUUAGUAACAACUUUUAUACAGCUUGCUUUCAACGAGCACUUUUAUUUAGACAAUUUAAUUUGUUCGCGUGUACGAGUAAUCUGAACAUCCGUUCGAUAAAUAAUUUACUUUUUGUAUUAUUUUUCUCGAGAUUGUAUUUAUUUUAGAUUCGUGAUACAUACGAACGUCGCCGUGACCAAAUUUUUACGCAAAGAAUCUUAGUUUUCAUCUUCAAUCAAUCAACAAUUAUAAUGCGAUAUACAAUUAAUUCAUUCGUUAUUAAUAUAAUGGUUAUUAUUAUUAAUAACCGUUGAUAAUGUAUUUUCUACGUUAUCAAAAGAUACAUAAGAUAUACUACUGGCUAUUGGCGAACAUCUGUGGAAAAUCACGCUGCUAAUAAAAAACAAUCUAAUCAGAAUUAAAAGACACACACACACACACAAAUAUUAUAUAUAUAUAUACAUACAUACAUAUAUUAUUAUAUAAAGAUAAUAUUAUUUAACAAAAAAUAUUUGUUUUCUAAACAAAUCAAUAUUCAUUAUUAGAUAGAAAAAAGAACAAUCUUUUGUGAAACAGUCCGACAUUUAUCAUUAAGCCUUUUAAUCUGACACCAAUCAGUCAAUUUUCUACAAAUGUUUGAUUAAUGUCCAGUAAAAUAUUGACCACGAAUGAUGGAAUAGCAUGUAUAUCUAUCCAUUUUUUAUCUCAUAGAAUCCAUUUUGUACGCGAAUUUUUCUUUGGUAGUCCUCUACCAAUUCUCGUAACUUUAAAGGCUGAAUUUUACACAAUUUUUUAUUACGCGAUGCUUUAUUACGUACGGUUUUUUUACAUCGGCACGUUAAUUUACGAUAAGCGUAAUCAUAAGAACUCUUGAUAAUCAUUCCGAAGAAAUUAGAUGAAAGACAGUUUCUAGUCGAAUCAUCGGAGUGAGAGAUCUAAUUUCGCAAGGAGAGAUAAAAAAUUUUGACAGCAAGCGUUGGUAAAGUUAAUCUUUAAAUCAUCUAAAUAUCACAUAAUUUAUCUUGUGUUUUAUCGAUUAUUUCUUUUUUAUUUUUCAAUUAAAUAUUGAUUAUAAUUUUAUCUAGUGUAUUCGUGUGACAUAUUUAACAUUUGUUUCCUUUCUGUACUUCUGUAAGAUAAUGAUUUGCGUUCCACGGCGCAUCGUCAACAUAUGCAUCGAUGUUUUGAUCAAUAAUUGAGAGACUCGUAUGCAAUUUACAAUUGCACGAGUGCGCACAAUUAUCUUUUUACAUAAAAUACAUUUUUUUCCUUUCUUCUUUA